AUGGAGCGUCACGAAUCGCAUCUUUUUGUUCCUCAUAAAGCGCUCGGUGAAAUUUGCUCAAAUAUUGCGCCAGUAUUUCGUUUUCUUCCAACAAAACGACGUUUCACGUCAAUUUUAUGUGCUAUCGAUAAUAUUGUCGUACAAUAUUCAGCUGAAAAAUUACGACAAGUUGAAAAAUGGAUAGAAGUUGGUGAAAAAAUAAAUUUUAUGAUUCCGUUUGGUGAAGUUCUUGUUGCUAUUGAUGAAAAAAAUUCGAUACAUGUUAUGAGUUUGGAAGAUGGUGCAGAAAUUGUUAAAGUUGAUUCACCAGAAAAUUUCGUUAUAAGCGCUGCAGUACAUCCAUCCACUUAUUUAAAUAAAAUCCUACUCGGUUCGAAGAAUGGACGAAUGCGCUUAAUUAAUAUCAAAGUCGGCAAAUUAAUUCAUGAAUUUUCAAGCGAAACGGAUAUAGAAAUCACAGUUUUAGAAGUAACACCAGUUAUAGAUAUAAUAGCAAUUGGAUUUCGAAAUGGGCUAAUAAAAUUGGUCAAUAUUAAAUUCGAUGAAACAUUAUUUACGUUCAAACAUGAUUGCGCAGUUACUUCCAUCACUUUUAGAACUGAUGGAGAAGAAACUAUGACAUCAGCAACGGAAGCUGGUUCGAUGGCCGUAUGGGAUUUGAAUAGUCAGAAAUUAAUCGGUCAAGUGCCACAAGCUCAUUCAGACUCGAUUACAAAAUUAUACUUUCUGUGUAAUGAGCCAAUAAUGGUUUCUGCUGGUUGUGAUAAUACAUUAAAAACGUGGAUUUAUGAUAUGGGUGACAAAAUGCCGCGUCAGUUAAUUCUUCUUGAAGGCCAUUCUAAGCCAGUAUCGGCUUUAAAGUUUAUUGAAGGCACCAGCGUAUUAUCAUCAAGUUAUGAUGGAACCGUUCGUUUUUUUAAUAUAAUUCGUGACACACAUCGUCAAAAAUUAGGCAAUGCUGGAGUCAUGUCGAGAGCAAAAGCAAAAAAAUUGAGAAGAGAUGUUGAAUCUAUCAAGCUUAAUGCUGUGGUCGAGAUGGAUUUUGGCGUUGCCAGAGAAGCGGCAUGGGACAAUGUUCUUUGUCGACAUGAUCAACUACCAGUAGUGACUACUUGGUCCACUAGAAAGCAGAAACUCGGAAGUCAUCGAUUACUUCAUAAACGUUUCGUCAGGAAAGGAUUAUUUUUCGAUGCAUAUGCAACUGCUAUAAAGAUUAGCGCUUGUGGAAACUUCGCAAUUAUCGGAUAUUCUACGGGACAUAUCGAUUGUUUCAAUAUUCAGAGUGGCUUAUACCGAAAAUCUUUUCGGUUAUCGAAAGGUUUUGGAAGAGCACAUAGAUCCGCUGUGAAUGGAUUAGCUCUCGAUUUUUUGAAUAAGCAAAUGGUUUCUGGUGAGAAAGAUGGAAUCGUUCGGUUUUGGGAUUUUCAAUCUACCGACCUAAUGUGUGAAUUUCGCGUACCCUCUCCUAUCGUUCAUUUUCGUAUGAAUGAAUGCAAUUCAUUACUUGCAGUAGCUGUUGGUGUGGGAGCAAUUGGAAUAAUUGAUGUACUUUGUAAGCGUGUUGUGCGAAUAAUAAAUAAUGCUCAUAAAGGCAAUAUUACAGCGAUUGAAUUUUCCUUCGACGGUAGAUGGUUGCUCAGUGCUUCUGAUGAUUGUUUGUUGAAGGUCUGGGAUCUUGCUUCAAACAGUUUGAUAGAUGUGAUGAAAUUCAUGAAGCAUUGCACUGGAAUUUCCUUUUCGCCUUCAGGUGAAUACUUGGCAACUAGUCAUGAUGGCCAGCGUGCUGUGUUUAUCUGGGUUAAUAAAAUUUUAUUUCUUCAUAAUGCUAUAUUCAAAGUAUUGCCAUCUGAUUAUGAACCAGAAGAAUCCUCUUCGCUGCCUCUAUGUAGGAAUUAUGAAAAUAAUGAAAUUGAAGUGGAAAAUGAGGACCAGCCAAUGGAGGUUGAUGAUUCUUUCCAUGAACCUAUAACGCAGAUCGAUGAUCUCAUUACUUUAUCUGGUUUCGCACCUUCUCGUUGGGCAAAUUUAUGGAAUAUCCGUUUAAUAAAGGAACGUAAUAAGCCAAUAGAACCUCCAAAGAAGCCAAAAGCUGUUCCUUUUUUUCUUCCUUCUGUUUCAACUCUUAAAGGCUUUGAAUUUGAAGAUUCAAGCCCAGCCAGUGAACAGAAUGUUCGUCAGAAGAUUAUCAUGGCAAAGAGGAGUACGUUGGAAAUAGAAUCCAGUUUUGCACGUGGAUUAUUGAGGUCGACCACUAAUGAUGAUUUGUUACAAGCUUUUAAUUCUUUGAAGUCUAUGAAUAUUUCAUCGAUCGAUUUCCAGAUCCGUGCCUUGCCGAUUAGAGCCCACAUUCCAUUUCUACAGAUGCUCUUAUCAGUUUUAAAAAGUCAUCAAGAUUUUGAACUCGUUCAGUCCUUUUUAGCUUCAUAUCUUACAAUACAUUAUGAGACGUUGUGGAACAGUAGUGAAUUAUCUGGUGAUGAUGAUGAUAAAAUAACAGAAAUUUUGAUAGAAUUGUGCGAUGAGGAAAAAAAUGCUAGUUAUCUUGAUGAAUUAGUACUAGAAAAUAUUGCCGUUAUACAAUAUAUUAAAUCUGCCUUAUUAUGA